GUUAUUUUUGAACCUGCGACCAAAUAUAAGGGCUAUUUUUGUCAAUUUCUCAUUUAGCAACUAACACCAAAAUCAUCAAGCGGGUCGGAUACAGCCCAUAGAGAAGAAGAGACCAUCGAAGCAGAAAAAGCUUCAGUUUUCCAUAGAUUCUUACUGUUAUUAGAUACUAAAACAUCCUCCUUUAUCUCACUUGAUGUCUCGCAAGCGCAAUGUCAUUGUUGCCACAGGCUUGCUAGUAUUUGUAUCUGGCGGCUUAUCCUUUCCAUUUUACAUGGCGACAAGAUCGUCAAGGGCAACUCCAUUGAUUGAUUCAUCAAAGCCGUUGCCACCACAGGCAACCUUUCGUGGGCCUUACAUCAACACAGGGUCGCGUGAUAUUGGACCUGAUCAUCGAACUUACCCCAAGAAAUAACAACUUUCUUAGUUAGAAACUAGUUUGCUAGUAUUGAAGACUGCUUUAAAUUUUCCUUCUCUUUCUAUUUUAUGUAAAGAGAUAAUAAUGAGUCUGUUGAAACUGCGUUACGCUGUGGAGAAAACUAGCAAGUUUGAGAGUGAUUCUUUUAGGGAUAGGAGGCCUUAUCUGGCCUGAACAACACUGUUAUAAAUAUAAAUUGAUGUUCUUUUAGGGAAAGAGUGACCCUUUUCUACAUGUUACCAGUCUCAAAAAAAAGAGUGACCCUUUUCUCAUAUCAUUUCAUUUCAGACAUAUAAUUGUGUUAUUGCCUUGUUAGUAAAUUUUUCGUACAGAAACA